CUCAUUUCAUUUGUGUUUUCUCUGCAUCUUGAGAAUUUUCGAAUAUCAGAACUAGACACCUCUUGCUAUCUAGGGAACUCAUGGUGUCUUCAUUUUCUCCUUAGCUCAGUGCACAUAACUACUCCCCUUUCAAGGUAGAUGAGCAUUAAAGAAGGGAUUUUUCUAUGUGGGAAGAUGCAUGGAAGGAAAGGAGCAUUAAAGCUUCCUUCAUUUACUUUUGCUUCUUGCACAGUGAAACCUGCAAAUAAGUGAUUCCUCAAUUCUUUCAUCAUAGAGAUUGGAACCAUAAACUGAAGCUUAUUGGAGAAAACUCCAACAUAAAUAUGAAACUUUUCCCUCAAAGAUCUCUAAGGUCUGAUUUGGUGAGGGGGAAUUAGCAUUGGAACUGGAAUUGGAGAGAUCAAUUCUAAUUCUAUUGUUUGUGUAAGCAUUUAAAGUCAUUUGGAAUUCCACCUUAAUUAGGUCUGAAUUUGAAUUCCAUAUGUUUCUCAAACAAACACCCCCUUCAAAACACAUCUGCGAGACCUGCGUGUUGAGUUCUCUUCUUCCUCAAAGUGAUCCCCUUUCAGAAGCUAUGCGAACUCUCUUCCUCUUCCGGAAGCUAGACAAACUCCAACCUGCGAGACUGAGCACACAAACGAUAUAAGGGUUAAAGUUUAAAUAUUGCUAAAAGGAUGAGCUAACCUUGGAGAAGGAUGCAUCACCAUUCAUUGUCUUCGAGUGCAAGAAGGACAAAAGAAGUUUAUGAUCCUUUGAAACUGGAGAAACACAAAUUUUCUUCCUCCAACAACGCUCAUUCCAAGAAUAAUUCAGGUAAUAAAGCUCCAAAAUGUUCAGAAACUAAACAAAAACAACAGGCAGAAAGAAAAUCAUUUGAUCAAGAGGAGCUUGUCAAGUAUAUGUCACGCCUGCCAAACUACUUGGAGAAAGGACAAAACCUUCCGGAGAAGGCUUUAAAUGUUGGAGUCCUUGAUUGGCGUCAUUUGCAGAAAUGGCAGUACAAUCAAAAGUCGAUGCCUAGUAGCAGCAACUCCUCAAUUUUACCCACAGAAAAAAUAGCCAUGCACUCGAGUAGAGGUCACAGUUGGUCCCCUGCUCGCCAAAGAUUUCCUCCAUGUACGUUACAAUCCCAAUUGAUUCUAUCAAAAAAUGAAUUUCGUCCCCAUUCUGCCAAAGGCUUGACAGAAAAUACCAGCAAGUGGCAAGAACAUGAUCAAUCGGGUAAAAUAUUGAAGGGACAACUUAAAGAGCUCAAAUACAUAGAAAAAAUUCAGAAGGAUGAAGAUUGCAAGGCUUCUAUUGAUUCUGCAGCAGCUCUGGCCUCUACUGAUCCAAGUUCAAAGGAACCAAAUAGAAUGAGCUUUUCAAAGUCUUCUGCUAAGGAUGUCAUAAAUCAUUCAAAUGUUCAUUUAUUCCUUCCUCGUGAAGAGCAUGGUAUUGAACAUCAACAAAUUCAAAAUUGUAACUCUGUGGAGAAAACGAGUAUCAAAUUUCCAUCUAUAUCACGUUCAAUAUCACCCAGCCCAUCCAGAUGCAGGAACUCAGACCCAAAGAAGCCAACUGCACUGCCUAUAAACUCAAAUGUGCUCAAAUAUGAAGAGUCCACUCCUAGAAGGAAUUUGUCAGAGAAAACUAAGUUAAGAAGCCCUUCACCUACUCGUCGUCUCAUCAUGGGCAUGGCUAAGAUUGGAAGAAUUUCAUUCUCAAAAGAUGGUCCAGAUGAUACUGCUCGAAGCAAAAUUGUGGACUCUAUGGAUACUGCUCGAACUAAACAACCUAAUGGCACUUCCAGAUCUCAGUCCAGCCCUUUGAGAAGGUUACUUGACCCGUGGCUGAGGCCAAAGCCAUCAGACUCAGAUUCAAUGUCAAUUGAUCGGCCCUCCAAAUCAUCCCAUGGGAGGAUAGAGUCGUCUUUUCCUGAACAUUCAAAAUUUAGGACAAGUAAUGUUAGUGGACUAAAUCACAAUGAACAGCAAGUAUCAGCUCUUCUGCAAAUCUCUAUUAAAAAUGGACUACCUCUCUUUACAUUUGCAAUUGAGAACAGCAAUGAUAUUUUAGCAGCAACAAGGAGAAAGAUGAAUGCUUCAAUGAAGGAUGAAAAUAGCUACAGAUGGAUCUACACCUUUUUUAAUGUUCAGGAAGUGAGGAAAAAGACGGGUUGGAUUAAAGGUAAAGGUGGUUAUAUUCCAAACCCAAUUGCCCAAAUGAUAGUUUCUGAUACCCAUUUUUCCAUGUCAACAACAAGAGAGUUUGUUUUAUUCUCCACGGGUGUUAACAACCAGUCUGAUGAUCUCCAAGCAAAAGAAGAACUUGCUUCAAUUGUUAUUAAGUUCCAGAGAAAUACAGGUAUAAAUAAUACUGAUAAUGCUCAUUUGGCUGGAACUAGAACUGGAAGUGGGUUCCUCUUUAAUACGACUCAUGUUGUAUUACCUGGUGGUGUCCAUGGCAUCCCCAGUGGAGGAGAGCCUUCACCAUUAAUCGAAAGAUGGAGAUCGGGUGGGAGAUGUGACUGUGGAGGUUGGGACAUGGGUUGCAAAAUUAGGGUUCUUGCUAACCAGAUACAACAACAACAACCAAGUAAGAUUUCCAAUGCAUCGAGAACUGGCCCACAUGCUGAUCGGUUUGAACUAUUUUCUCAGGGAGAGCAACAAGACGAUAAGUCUGUCCUCAGUUUAUCCCCGUUCAGAGAUGGGAUCUUCUCGGUGGAAUUCAGUUCACCUCUUACAUGCAUACAAGCAUUCUCCAUAUGUAUAGCAGUUGUAAAUAGUAUAAAACUAAAUGAGCUUCAAAAUUCGACGUCAAGGUUGUUUGAAGCAAAAUGUUGUGAUGAAAUCCCAUCAAACAGAAAUAUUGGAAUAAGGUCCUCAAACCGAACCCAAAGAGAGUUAGCUCCAAGUUAUGCAUCAUAUCCUCCACCUCUUUCGCCAUUUGGGAGGGCAUAGUUUGGACAAUGAAUUUCAGGUAAUUAUGUUUGGGACCUUUUAAUGUAAGCUUUUUUUCUAGUUAAUGGGAGUAUUUCAUUCACUUAUGUAGCAUCUAUGAUCCAUUUAAAGUCUAUGCAUCAACCUCACACGGACUAAUGAUUUUCUAAGACAAUAAGGAUUAAGAUUGGUAAUCUCAUGAAGUUUAAGAUUCUUCCUGGUUUUUGUAAUUGAUAUGCUACAAACCCAAAUAUGAUGCAAUAUUUGUGAGUGUAUAUACAUAUAUAUUAUAUAUUGAAGACUCUUUUGUUUGAUGUUA